AUGGUUUCUGAACUUGUUCCGGUCGAAUUAACAAAUUCAAUGGAAGAAGAGGAAAAUGGCAACAACAAUAAGAAUGAUAAUCCUCAUUUAGAUAAGAAGAGCGAAAUGCUUCUGCAGUGGCCACGAAUCAAACGAUUGCAAGAAGAGAAGGCAGCAAUGCAAAUGGAAGAUUUGCAGUAUCAAAGAAUGAUGGAACAACGGUCUGAACAUGAUCAAGAAGCUUUGCAACUUUUGAAUGAGCUUAUGGUGAAGAGGGAGAAGGAAGAGCAAGAACUAGGGAGAGAAUUAGAAGGAUUUGAGUAG